GGACAAUCCUUCGCUAGCUAACCUUCUUCUUACAUCGCCGCAUCCGUACGCAGCCACGCCAUGGCCCACCGUCCCUGUCAAAGCAGGCGGUCCUACUUCUCCUUCGGCAGUGCGGCGUCUCUCAACGGCUCAGGGCCGGACUGCCUCUUUGCGUCUCCCGGCCACGCCUCUGUCUGCAAACCUUGUGCCCGUAGGUCCAGCGGGGCGGACCGAACUCGAUCUUACGGGGCAUUCAUAAAGUGAGCGUCCCUGCUCUACCAUGUCCCUCAGAACCGGACUCUUCAGGACGCCGCCCCGCCAUCCUCGAGCCCACCGCCGCCUCACCCCACCCCAUAACCUGUGCGCCGAGGGACCACGUCGACAUGGGCGUCGCAACUGUCUACUCCUGCUAUUCACAGGAUAGUGCGCCUGCCAAGCACACUGUCUGUCCUAGCCAUCAUCACGAAUCCCAUGAACUAUGCUCAUCGCCAUCCUCGAUCGUCACCCAAGCGGGCUCAUCCACUCCUCGUUCACUGUCCCAUGCCACUGCGACAUACACAUACUACCACGGACGCAUAGUCCCAUUGCCCGCAAUCUCGCCUCAACGUCAGCCCAAGGAGCUGAACCAAUCCACGCGAGAUAUUAGUAUGUCGCAUCCGACGAAGGGCAUGCGACCAGCGCCCGCUGCGGUCGCGCGUCUCCUUUCACGGGCCGCUGAGGGAGGGAAAACUCCCUUGAAGUGGGAAAUGGCUUCGGACCCUCUUCUUCACUCCUAUGAUCGUACCCUCAGGAUGGCGACUGGGAUUUCCGUUAGCCUCAACGAUCCCGCCACCUCAUUUAACACCACAUCUCUCGUCGUCUCCAUUUCCGGAGUACAUUACCCCUACGCGAUCACCGCCAAUCGAACCCCCGGAUCCGCCUCCCCAUUCGUAACCGUUCGCGACGUCCUACUCGCCAUCUACGCGAACCUGAAUAAGGUCGUCGAGCUAGAGGAGGCCAAGAGCGCGAUGCAACGGAGUGACAUCUGGCACGCGGCAUGGCGAGUCUACCGACAUAGGACGCGGGGGAACGACAAGGAGAGGAUGAGGCGCAAGGACUUCCUUGGCCCAUCUACCGUUUUCCUCGGAGUCGUCUUCGCGGAUCAUGAAGGAAAGCUACCAAGACUCGAGCUGCUGGUCGGCCGUCGCGAGUCGUGAGCAACAGUUGCCUUGCAUCCCAGUAUACCCGUAUACCCAGCUUCGCCCUCGUGCUCUCGUCCCCUCAUUCACAAUACAAUGUACCUUAUAGUCUUCAAUCACGCUGCCAAUUUGAUGGACUCUCGAUCCACGCCUGUGUUACUACGAUGCAUACUGUGUUUAUUACUACAUCAUAUUUCGCUUACGAUACUGUGUAUGAUAACAGGGAGAUACUGUACUACGACGUACUCGUACUUACUAGUUCAGACUUAAUAGCCUGAAUGAUAUUUUGAGCUUCGAGACAUUCUGAAGCUGCGUUA